CAUUUUUUUAGUUUUAACCCCGCUUUUUUCUCUGUUUUUGUAAUUUGAUCACUUGAUCUUCAUCUUCCAAUUUUUGUAGCAAUGGCGACAAGAAAUCGAAGUAGGGUUUUCAAAAGUUACAGGGAUACCUUGAACGAGAAUCGUAUACCCUUCACUUCUUCAAAGGAUUUCGGUGGUCCAGUAAUCGAAAUGGCCACGACUUCUUUUCUCAACAAUUCUAAUCGUUCGUACGCUCCUCUUAGCACCGAAGAGGAUCUGGGUCCUUCUACAUCCAGAGAUGCAUUUACAGUGGGCUUACAUCCAGCAUGGGUUGAUGUUUCUGAAGAAGUUGCAGCUAGCAUACAUCAGGCUCAAGUAAAAUUGUCAGAACUAAAGAAGUGCCAUGCUAAAGCUCUGACUCCAUCUUUUGGUGAUGGAAGAGAAGAUCAACAUGUGAUAGAGGUUCUGACCAUGGAGAUUACAGAUAUAUUAAGGAAGUCAGAGAAGAGAUUACAGAAGCUUUCAGCAAGUGGUUCUUGUGAGGAUUCAAAUCUUAGAAAAAAUGUACAGCGUUCUCUGGCUACAGAUCUUCAAAACCUUUCUGUUGAGCUCCGGAAGAUGCAAUCAUUGUAUCUUAAACAGUUACAGCAGCAAUCAGAGGGACAUGAUGGACUUGAUUUGGAGAUGAAUGAAAAGAAGUCUAGCUUUCUGGAUGAUGAUUUCAAUGACGUGGGGUUCACUAUACUGCAGAUGGCCAGUGGUCAGAGGGAUGACCAGUUCACGGCAGAGAGAGAAAGAGAGAUUAGACAGGUCCUCAAAUCAGUUAAUGAGCUUGCCCAAAUCAUGAAGGAUCUGUCUGUCCUAGUGAUUGACCAGGGGACAAUAGUUGAUCGGAUAGACCACAAUGUUCAAAGUGUAUCUGCAUCAGUAGAGGAAGGCUUCAAACAACUACAGAAGGCAGAGAGGUCUCAGAGGAAGGGGGGAAUGGUGAAAUGUGCGACUGUUCUUGUUAUCAUGUGCUUCGUUAUGUUAGUCCUGUUGGUCCUUAAGCAGAUUCUCUUAUAAACUUUUCUUCCACGUCUCCCCCCUUUUUCUUGGUUAUAACUAGGGCUGUAGUUCUUUCGAUGCCAAAAUUGUAGUUUGCUACAACUAUUGGGGAGUUUUUGGAGGAAGCCCAUUAGUUCACUACAGAGGUAACAUGUUAGAGCAGUUAGAUGUACAUAUAUUUGAUUACAAUUGAAUUUAUGUGCUGGUUUGCAACUUGUACCUGUAAAAAUGCUGGUUACCACUUCCAAAUGAUAAAAGGUGUCGUGGC